AUUUCCCCUGCGAUCUUGAGUGAUUUCAGUAACAAUGGCGUCGUUCCUUUUCUACUUAACGCGGAGAAGUCUCGUUCCAGCUUAAUCGCUACAACGCAUCCAAUCCGUGUCGAAAAUAACGCGUGUUUUCUGGUGGAUCUCGAUCAGCUCCAGGACCCAGAAGAUUUACUCUGUGAUGAUCCUGGUUCCUGGAAUCAAAGCAAAACUUCAGUCAAAAAGUACCAACUAGGAAGAAAGAAUGGCCAUGUCACAAAGAUCAUAAAACGGCCUGAUUACGCUGACGGUAAGCAUAGUGUCUUUCGUAGAACAUUUGUGAACAGGAGUGAUAACUCGACGCGAAAGACCAUCGUCAAUGUGGUUCGUCCCGACGGAAGCCAUCACAAGUUGGUCUUUGUGCGUUAUUACUUCGAAGGAGCGCCAGAGCACAGCAUUCAGUUAAAGCCUCAUGGGAGUGCAAAAUCAGGCUGUGCAAUUCCCUAUCUGAGGACCUAUAGAAGCACCAUGUCAGAGAUGGCGACUGCUGUCUCUGGAAAAGAGAAGUCAUUGAAGAGAGUCGUACAGCAAAUAGAAGACGAUGUUGGUGGACUUGAACAGUGCAAUUCUGUUGGACAGCUCCCUAGAAACGAACGACAAGUGAAGUACUUAAAGGGCGAGUGUCGACCACCGAAGGUAAUGGAUCCCAUAUUUCAAAUAACAGAAAAAAUGAAAGAGCAGUCCCAAGAUGGGGAAAAAUUCACCCGUGCUUAUUCUUUGGAUGACGAUUCUCCAAAGGUCAUCUUAUUCACUGAUGAGCAGUUAGACGACAUUGCCAACUUUUGCUGUAAUGAUGUUGAUGGGCACAAAUCAAUUCUCUAUGUAGAUGUCACUUUCCAGCUAGGGCCUUUUUUUGUGCUGGUUACUUCUUAUCGAAAUACAACGCUUUACACAAAGAACUCUAGCCAUCCCGUUUGUCCAGUCCUUCUUGGCCCUGUCAUGUUAUGCAUGCUUAAGGACAAAGCAACAUACAUAACAUUGUUUCAGAAAAUAACGGCUCGUUUACCCGGAGUGAAGGCCUACUUACAAGCAUAUUGCACGGAUGGUGAGUUAGCACUUCGUGAAGCGUUUGGACAGGAGUUUGAGAGGUCCGUCUCAUUCUUGUGCAAACUGCACGUGAAACAGAACAUCAAAGAAAAAUGCUCCAAGCUGCAGAUGUCGAAAGCUGCCACUGAAGUUAUCGUCAAUGACAUAUUUGGAUCCGAAGGCCUUGUCCACGCGUCGGAGAAAACUGAAUAUUGGGCGAAAGUUGAGGAGCUAAAAAGGAAGUGGGACACCUUGGAGCAGAAGGAUACAAGGCGAGAUCCGCAGUUUGCAACGUAUUUUGUGAGACACAAAGCCGAUGAAGUAUGGAACCAUUUGUCAGCAAAGGUAUCCAGAGAAGCCGGGUUUGGCGAUGAGGUUCAGUGCAACAAUGUAUCCGAGUCUGUAAAUGCUGUCAUGAAGCGCUGGCAGAAUUUUGAGACGAAAAACAUGAGCACGUUCGUGGAUGAUAUAAAGGAACUUGUUGACAAACAACGAAGUGAUGUAAACAGAGCCUUUCUGGGACUUCAUAGUCCGUACUUAGUACGAGAAGAAUAUCGAGACCAUGUAAAACCGAGAGCGUUUUUAGAUGCCACACUGGAGGAGCGUAAAACCAUCAUGAAAUCCGUAAAAGUUUUUGUUGACCCCACACGAUACCAGGAGAAGUACUACGUUACUGCACAAAACCAGGCCUUCCGCGCACGCUGAACACACCUGCCUCAAAUGUUAGUAGCGGCAACGAUGACUUUGAAGGUUUUAGUGACAUGGGAAAUCUGGAAGAAGAACCCGUCCUUGGUGUAAGGGUCGGUACAAUACUGGAGUGCUUGGAGGGUCUGCUGGAUACUUUUGCAAAGAAAGAUGUGGAAGCUCUGGCAGAUAAGGCUGUCCGUCUCCAAACUGACGAUGGCAUUCGUACAGGAUUUGACAAAGACACAUUCUUUGUCAGGAGCACCUCCACAUCGGAGCCCCAUAUCGUUAAAAGAGUAGGAGCCGGUUUCUCUUGUGACAAAGAAUGCCUGGGGUUUGUGUCACGCAAAGUUUGUGCGCACACGGUGGCAGCUGCUGCAGCUAGUCACUGUUUGUUACAAUUCAUUUCCUGGUUCAAGAAAAGCAGGCGAGGAAAAGAAAAUUUGACGUCCUUGACGACAUUCUCUGUCAACAGAGCUGCAGGGAAAAAGAAAUCCAGUCAGACAAUAAGGCACCGUAGCAAGUCACCUGAUGUGAUGACAAACAUGGCUGCCUGCAAAGGCACCCUUGGUGAUGCCAUCGCUCAAACUAACGAAGAAUAUGCCGCCAUUUCAACCUCCGAUUUGCGUAUGACAAUUCGAAGGGCCAAACCGACUAAACCGCUGGUUUAUCCUACAACUAGCACCCCCUUUGAACUUUUAGAAAUUAAAGGGAAAAUCCGAAAAUGCGCAGGAUGUGGUGGCGAACUUAAGGACGGACCGGAUCCAUUUCUGAAAGCCGACCUAGAUCAGAGAAUGUGUCUUCGCCACAAAGAGCAU